AUGUUUCCUAUUUCCCAACCGAACUUCACGUAUCUUCCUGAAACCCAACCCGAACCUAAAUUAUGCAAAUUGAAAAGAAUAACAAGAAAUUUCCCCCUUGUCAACUUUGUACAACAAUCAAAUAAUCACAUUGCCGCUUCAUUCUUGAACCCUCUCUCGAUCUCACUCCCUAUCUGGAUCUCAUUCCAUCGCACUCUUUCUUUCGAUCGAGCCACUCUCAAUCUCGUUGACCUUCCUGCUGCUUUCUUGCGCGUUCUCUCAGUCGGGUCAUCUACAUUCUCCUCUCCCAAGUCUUCUUCCCCGAUCGAUUUCAGUAAAACUCUCAAAAUCUUACACUUUACUGGUUCUUACUUCAUCGUCGGUCAUGAUCAAGGUUCAAGUAAAUGA